GCAUCCCAUAAAAUUUUCCCCUCCCACCCCAAGAAACCCUCCUUCCUACCUACCCACAACAAUGCGACUCCAACACCUCGCCGAUUUCAAGCCCCAAGCCGCGACUCGAGCAUGGGCAUCCAUUCCCAAUCCCAACGGACUGCCUCUCAUCGCAACAGCCACCUCUGAUAAAUCGGUCCGAGUCUAUUCGCUCAAUAACUUCACAUUGCAUUCGACUUUAGAAGGGGGUCAUGAGAGAAGUGUGAGAUCUGCGGCGUGGAAACCGGGAGUCAGGACAGAUGGAGCGUUGACGAUUGCGACGGGGAGUUUUGAUGCGACGAUGGGGAUUUGGAGACGGAAGGAAGAUGCGGGAAAUGGAAAUGGAAAUGAUGGUGGAGAUGGACCGUUGGAAAUGGAGAUUGGAGCGGAUGGCGAGGUGAGCAAAGGGGCGCAGUUGAGAAGAGGAGGAGAAGAGGAUGAGGAUGAGGGGGAUGAUUGGGAAUUUUCGAUUGUGUUGGAGGGACAUGAUUCGGAAAUUAAAAAUGUGGCUUACUCGCCCAGUGGACAAUGGUUAGCUUCUUGUUCGAGAGAUAAGACGAUAUGGAUUUGGGAAGAAAUAGGAGAGGAGGGUGAAGACGAAUUCGAAACAGUUGCGGUUUUGCAAGAUCACAAGGCAGAUGUGAAAUGUGUUUGUUGGAGAAAAGACGAUGGCAAUGGAGAAGUUCUUGCGAGUGGUAGUUAUGACGAUACAAUUCUACUAUCUAGAGAAGAUGGCGAGGGAGACUGGGAGACUGUUGCUACAUUAGAGGGCCAUGAAGGCACUGUGUGGAAUUUAGAUUGGGAACCUGAAGUUUCCAUGAAGACGGAGUCUAGCGAUGAAUCAUCCGCCCCAGCUACCCCACGGCUCCUCUCCUCAUCCGCAGACAUGAGCAUUCGCAUCUGGUCCAAAGUACCCACGCCACCACCCCAAAACAAGCCCUCCUAUUUCAAUCCCGGAAUCCCCAGCACCAUGCGACCGGGCCCCGAAAACGAGACCUGGGAAUGCACCGCCACGCUUCCCAAAGUCCACGAUCUGCCCAUCUACAGCAUUAGCUGGAGUAAACAAACUGGCCGUGUCGUAUCCACAGGCGGAGACGGCAAAAUCGCAAUCUACGAAGAACAGACCAAGGGAAGAAAUAGUGUAGGUGGUACUAUUGAGAAGGAGUGGGUGGUUCUUACUGUUCUCGAAGGUGCCCAUGGUCCUUAUGAGAUUAACCAUGUUACGUGGUGUCAGCGAUUCGACAAUGGCAAGAAAACCCCCGAUGAAGAAAUGGUUAUAACGACGGGUGAUGACGGACUUACAAAAGCUUGGUGUAUCGAAGAAAAUGUGGAAGAAAGGACACUAGAAGCAUAAUGGUAUGAAUAAUGGGAAGGUUAUGUUCAUGGAAGAACUUAUGGGUUGGUAUUAAAAUCGACGGGUCAGUUAUAAAAAUACUCACUACUAGUUAGUUAUAAGCAUAGCGUUCGGCGUUGUAUAGGGUUAGAUUUGCUGGGAAUGAACAAAUAAAUGCAUAUACACGAAAUGUAAAUAGCUUGCACCAGGAAAUUGUUUGCAUACCUUAUUUGUACGUACGUAUGUAUGUAUGUAUAUAACAUCAACAAAAAUCAACAAUUAUUACUAUUACA